UAUUGAAACAGGAUGCGGGUUUUUUUGCAAACGAAGAAACAUGUUACUUUGUUAUUGUGCAUAAUAUUGGAUUUCAUACCACACGGAGUCAUUUAUCGACAAAAUAGUCACAAUGUCAGCGAGUAAUGAUAUAGUCACAAACGCCUAGGUUACCUAUAAUGUAACACCAAAACGAUAGCUUACAUGAAUAAUAAACGCACUGUUGUAAGUGUUUAUCACGAUUGCUGAACAUUAUUGGAUUACCAUUGACAUGGAAAAGAGAGCAGUUUGGAAUUUUACAUAAAUAAUGAACGCGCUGUUGUUAGUGCUCGUUAAGAGUUUGUAAUAGUUACACACUGGUAAUUAUUAGAUGGCCGUGGAUAUGGAAAACAAAAUUAUUUGGAAUAUUUCAAUUUCGCAUCGUAUAUUUAUUAUCCUUCUUCAUGGAUUUGUUAUUUGCGGGUCGCACUAUAUCAAAGCUGACAGCGUUAACGUGAACAUGUACACUGACCUUGUUGAAAAUGUUGGGACAAAUAGCUCUUGCUCGGAAUUAAAUGGAUCAGAGAAUGCAAAAUCUUCAACGAGGAACGAAUCGCACUUGUAUCUGCCUCAACAAGGUAUUUUGCUAUCAAAAUACUCGUUUUUCUUGGUGGCCAGGGAUUCAACGACUCAAGAAAACUGCUAUAAGCACGAUAUUUCUUCGUACAGCUUUCACAACAGUAAUUGGACGUGCAUUUUGGCAUCGGCUAAGGUUGACUGGAUAUUUAUUGACUGUCCAAAGCAGAAAGUUUUGGCUUCGCGAUGCAUAAAUUACACAGAGUUGACUUAUCUAUUAGGUCGUGCUUGUAGAAAACAGGUUGACAACGGAACUUGCUUGGAUACGGAUUUGCUAGACGGAGGACAACUUUGGUGUUCCAAGUUAUUUCACGUUGAAAAGAUCCAAUUGACCACAGUCAUUGAAAAAGGUCUCAAUAUACCAAUCGAGGAUCUGGCUGCAUACCUCUGUAUUGCCUUUAUACUGGUUGCAUUCCUGCUAGCCAUCCUUAUUCCUGACGAGAAAUGCCGUCCAACUUACAGAUACGACAAGGAAAAGGCAAGAAGGGUUCCCUUAGAAAUAUAUGAAAUGUACGGAGCAAACUAUAAGCCAUCAGCCAAAAAGAGGUUGACGAACAACAUUUGGAAUACAUCGGCUAUGACAUCACACUCUCAAAACGUGGCAGCUGUUGCAAAUGACAUUUGUCGACCGUCCAUUGGUGUCGUUUCCAUAGCGUCUGGAAUUUCAGGUACAAGUAGAAAGGUUUCAUUCCAAGAUGAAACCGAUAAACCAAAAAACUGCCUAACCCUUACACUUAGUCCAAAUGGACUCACCUUAGCAAACAAGUAUCAAAGAGACUCAAGCGGAAGUGAACGCUGGGAACCACUUGAAGAACGUAGUCCUCAUACAAGAAAUACUAUUAGAAAUACACGUGAAUGUGUUGCGAAUAUUGUAAAAUCACCAAGAGAUGAUACCCUUUCAUAUGAAUCAUCUGACAGCAAUGAUAGUUCGUAUAUGGAUUUUCCUGACAAGAGCAUUGGUCCGAAAACUCUACCAUCGAAUUUGCAUACCCUAACUAGCACGGACAAGGAUUCAAGUAAAGGUAGUUCGGAAUCAGACGAUAAUUCACUGGAAAGUUCAAGCAAUAUUUCUGAAGAGUUUGAGAGGUCUGCUGAAACUUUCAUGCGGAAACACGUGGGGAAAGGACACGUCGUAAUUUAUAAAACCAAAGUAACAAACAUUUUUCCGAAAGCGACCAAAAUAUCAGGAGUCGCAUACCCUGCCUUAUUUGAUAUCAAUAAUGAAACAUCUCUUGUGGGUAAUCGGGAAGACAAACACCGGCUGAAACGAGAACUAUUAUCUUAUCAAAAAAAUGAUAAGAAUCAUACAAAUGUUCCAUUUACAGACAGUUCCUUCCUUCAAUGUUCUACAUUGUCAAAAAUAAAGCAAGACACACACUCUUUGAAGAAUGCAUUUUCUCUAGAUGAUUAUCUCGUGAAAAUGGAAGUGAGCUCGAGCGAUGAAACAUCGAGUGAAAGCGAAAUUCAUAGAAAUAAUAAGGCAAAUAUAGUUUUAGAAAAUGAAUUGCGAAAAGGGAGACUUCGAACAGCAAACAAAAAUUGUGAAGUACACCAUAGAAACUCUUCGUUAGAUGUUGUCCAAGAAACAAACGAUGAUGGUCCUUUCGCCCAUGUUUGGUCUAACUGUGGACACAUGAAUAAAUCUCCAUCAAAUGAGUUAAAAUCUGGAGAGGGAAGCAAAUCUCCAAAACAAACACACGCACAGGCAAUACGUAAAGCAAGUACUUGUUAAU